UUUUUUUUGGAGCCCCCUCCCUUUGUUCUCAAAUAUAAAGCUCACCUCCGCCAUCCCCACAAGGCCAUAACUAACAUACACUCUUACUAAUUAUCAAAUUUUCUCAUCUCAGCUUCCCUCUAAUAUCACAAACUCAAGAACUUUCUCAGCCUUGAAUUGUGCUCUUGUGUUUUGUCCAUAUACAUUGGCAUUGACAAGUUGAUAAAAAACUUUUUUAAAAUUUAAAGUAUAAGCCAUUUGUGGUUGUGAAUCAAAAUAUACACAAAAAUGGGAGUUGGAGGCACUUUAGAAUACUUAUCUGAUCUAAUGGGAAGUGGCCACCACCAUCACAAGAUCAAGAAGAAAAAGCAAUUACAGACCGUAGAGUUGAAGGUGAGGAUGGAUUGCGAUGGUUGCGAACUUAAGGUCAAGAAAGCCCUCUCUUCAAUGAAUGGAGUAAAAUCAGUGGAGAUAAACAGGAAACAACAAAAAGUAACAGUAACGGGGUAUGUGGAGGCAAAUAAGGUGCUAAAGAAAGCAAAGUCAACAGGAAAGAAGGCAGAGAUAUGGCCUUAUGUGCCAUACAACAUGGUGGUUCAUCCAUACGCUGCUCCUUCUUAUGACAAGAAGGCUCCUCCUGGAUAUGUAAGGAGAUUGGAAACCACUGGAACUGUUAGAGCAUAUGAAGAGCCACACCUCACCACCAUGUUUAGUGAUGAAAACCCAAAUGCCUGCUCCAUUAUGUAGAUGAUAAGGAAAAUAAAAAAAAAUGGUUUUUUUAAGCACAGUGAUGUAGAUUUUCUAGUAGGUUAUUAUGUCAAAAUAAGAAUGUAGUAGUUUAAUUUAUUGUUUCCAUUUUGAAGUAUUUGUUAAUCUAUAAUGUUGUUGCCAGAACUCUUAUUUGAUGA